GGCUCGCGCAGGCUCGAGCGCAGCAGCUGCUCCGUAGCAUGGCAUCGAGGAGGAUGGAGACCAAACCCGUGAUAACGUGCCUGAAAACGCUGCUGAUCGUCUACUCCUUCGUGUUCUGGAUCACGGGGGCGAUCUUGCUGGCGGUGGGAUUAUGGGGAAAGUUCAUGCUGGGUCCGUACAUCUCCCUGAUUGCUGAUAACUCCACUAAUGCUCCGUAUGUACUCAUCGGCACCGGCACCACCAUCAUCGUGUUCGGCCUGUUCGGAUGCUUUGCUACCUGCAGGGGGAGCCCAUGGAUGCUCAAACUGUACGCAAUGUUCCUCUCGCUGGUGUUCCUGGCAGAGCUGGUUGCUGGCAUCUCUGGCUUCGUUUUCCGUCACGAGAUUAAGGGCACCUUCCUGAGGACCUACAAUGAGGCUGUGCAGAACUACAACGCACAGGAUGAGAGGAGUCUGGCGGUGGAUAAUGUCCAAAGGAGUCUGCGCUGCUGUGGAGUGCUGAACUACACCAGCUGGUUCACCAGUGUGUAUUACCCCACUAACGGCAUGCCCCAGAGCUGCUGCGCCAACCUGUCCGACUGCAACCCCUCAGACCUACGCAACGCUACCAUAGCAACCAGCAAAGUGCACCAGCAGGGAUGUUAUGAGCUGGUAACCUCCUUCAUUGAGACCAACAUGGGCAUAAUCGCCGGAGUGACGUUCGGAAUUGCCUUCUCACAGCUCAUUGGGAUGCUGCUGGCGUGUUGUCUGUCACGGUUUAUCACUGCUAAUCAGUAUGAAAUGGUCUAGCAGAGCAGGUACAGGUAGAGGUGGAGAGGGCAUACGUCAGUUUCUGGAAACCUGUGAGGGACGCCCAGGAAACUAGCACACUCCAUUCUUCUCUUCUUUCUUUUGGCCUUCUCUCUGCCUUCUCGUCCUUUCUGUCUUUCUUUUCUAUUUCCUUCUUUUCUCUCUCUCUCUUCCUCUCUCUCUCUCUCUCUUUCGGUAGUGCAUCAUUCCUAAUCGUGUGUUUUUGUGCAAUGACCGAAGCUUCUCUUUUUCAAAAUCCCUUAACUUUACUCAAUCCACACAUACACACACACACACACACACACACACACACACUCACAUUUUGCCUCGCUCUCAGCUCUGUACAAAGCCAUGCAUGCAGAAAGCAGUUACACUACAUUCAGUCUUUAAAAUCAGACCUGCAUUUUCAUCAAUUAACCAAAUCGUAAUUGACUUCAGUGCGUUGUAGGUUUAGCUCUUUGUCCGAUACACGUUUAUUAAAAAUAAUAAAAAAGGAAUAAUAUGCCUUAUUCACACAGCCGCCGCCUCGCUUCUUAUGCUCAGACUGAACUGUGCUGUCUUACUGCCGUCACCUGAAGAGUACAGGUCUAGUAAUGUGGAGUAAAGUGUUUUUUUAAAUGAAUCCAAAAAAAGCUUAUUAGAUGUUUAGACCCCCUCCGAAUUGGCCAAACCGGUCAGUGUGUAUAUGCAUAACCUAAGCCACUCCCUCUUCUAAACCACUGUAGUCUGAUAGGCUGUACCCAAACAUCUUGUAGACACUAGAGGUUUACAAAAAAGAUGAUCAAUAAAAGACUCUCUGAAGAGUCUGAGUGAUACAUCAAUCAUGAGGUUUUACAUUAUUACUCACAGAUACUAUCUUUAUCACAAAUAAAAAUAGCUUGAUUUUAAAAGCAUGGUGAAAUCUUAUGGGUGCAGGACCUAAAAAAAUCAAUCCUGAGACAGAAAAUGUGAUGUAUUUUACAAAAACAAAAAUGUGAUGUAUUUUUUUUCACCCUGUUUGAUUUUGCAAAAUUUUGCAUCAGAUCAUUUUAAAUUUCAAUCAACCAAUCACUGUUGUCUCUGCUGUUCACAUGGUGACAGCCUAGACGAUGGACUACCUGUGCAAAGUGAACUUUGGAAAUAGAUAUCUAAGCAGAACUCAUAAAUAUAUUAUUUUCCUAAAUAUGUGAAUGUAAUCAAACUAAUUUUGGAUAUUAUCUUAGCAUAAUGUUAAUUUGUCUAAUGUUCAGUAUAUAAUGGCUAUGUAAUAACUACAGAUUUACAUUGACUUCAAACUAGCUAACGUUCAAACUAAGCUACAUUUAGCUAACUCUUAUGUUAGCUAGCUAGCUAAGCUAAUUUAAACCAGCUAGCUAACUAAGCUAUGUUUAGAUAGCUGUUAUGUUUGGCUAAGCUAAGCUAGUUAUCUCCUCUACAUUACAUUUAGCUAGAUAGGCUAAUGCUUCUCAACAGGCCUUUGAAGUUAGCUCGCAUUAACUGGGGUGAGGUGUUUAUCUGGCUAGCUGUUCAAAAAUGUUUUUUUUUAGCCUAAUAGAGCCAAAUCCUGUCUUACAUUUGACGCAGUGAGCGAGACGGCUGCCGUGUGAAUAAGGUUAAACACUUUAAAAUAAGGCUACAUUUAAAAACAGUUAUAAAGAAGUUUGUUUAUGUUAUAAAUACUUUAAAAACAUUAAAAAGCACUUACCAAACACAUAAAUAGAAAGAACAACAGUGAAAAUAUCGAUAUUUUUAACAUAUCUAAUAAAAUGAUAUAGCAAGUCAGUUUAGUCAUUUAAUAUGUUAUUAAGUUAAAUGAAUAAGGUUAUUAACACAAAUUAAAAACAAAUGAUGACUGAUCGAAAAGACAAAGUAAGAUAAGCAUCUAGACUGACAAGAUCUGAGGUUUAACAGUAUAAAUGAAUUUGGAAUCACUAUUCUUGUUUAUGUGUUGUAACUGCUUAUGCUAAUGGUUUAUAACCUAAUUAAUAACCAUUUAUAAACUCCUUGUAAACUAUUAAUAAACACUUUAUAAUGGAGCCGUAUUUUAAAGUGGAACCAUGGGUUUUUUUUCCUGUUUUUUUUUGUCGUUUCUGUACGUUUGCUGUAGUAAAGUCUUUCAUUGGAGGGGCGUGUCUCAGAAAGACUGCGUUCAGUUCGGUUUUCUCUCUCUCUCUCUCACUUUCUUUCUUUUUCUUUCUCUCUCUCUCAUCACAGACCCCUGUCUGCCCCCUGUUUCAGUGCCGUUUGAACAGCUCUGUCUCUGAGUGUGGCUCUGUGUCGCUGUGUGGCCGUGGGUGCUCGUGCCGCCUUUUAGAAGCUUGUUUUGGGUCUGAGAUGGCUGCUGUCCACCAAUCCUCUCACAGUUUAUUAGAUUUGGAAGAGGAAGAACAGUGUCCAGUUGGCCUAUCCAUUUUCAUGAGAGCGAUACUCUUGUCGAUAUUACAAAAUUAUUAAUUUUUAGUUUUAAUUUAAGAAUACACUACUGGCAUAAAAUUUAAAUUAAAUUUUACUUUUGCAUACGAUAUGAUAUGGCACACCCCUAACUAAGAUAUUAAAAAAUACAAUAAUUUUAACAGAAGUCAAUGAUCCAUAAUGCAGUCAUGAUCAUAAUAAUGCACUUCAAAUAUUUCCAUAUAUCCAGGAUUAAAGUGAAAUAAAUGAUAUUGGACAGAUAUAAUCUCUAGUAGAUAUAUAAGGGCAUGGCUAUGACUUAUUAAGGAGUGGGAAUGAGAUCCUAAUGCAUGGCCACAGUUUAUUAAGGCGCACAAAUUAUAUCCUAAGUCGUGGCCACAACUUGAUGCUAAAAGUGAUGCUAAAUGUUUUAUUGUGUUUAAUUUAUGCAGGUAAAGUGUAAAAAGAUUUUUUAUGCAUACACAUUUUUACAAAAUAACAAAAGGGAAAAGUUCCAUAUUCUAUGUUCUGUAAAGCUACUGUUUUAAAUAGCAUUAGCAGUAAAUAGGACAGAACACAACUCUGGAUAAGAGACAGGAUAUGCUUUAUAAACAAAAUGUUAAAAUGUUAGUGUGUAUCACUAUCAUGCUAAUGAUAAUCCCACUGCUCCAAAAUGUUUAGAAUAUUAAUUAUGUUAAAACUAAAUAGUAAAGUGGUGCCUGUAUGGAUAGCCCAACUGGGAAACAAAGCUUUGUCCAUGGGUACAAUGGUAUAAGGCUCUAAAAUCACUAUAAUCACUAUAAUUCAAGAUGUUGGCCGAAAUGAAGUGUUUCAUGAUGGACCUGGAUGGAACUAGACAGAGGUACGUGAUUGGCUGGUUCAUGUAGGCCUGGUGGACACCCCUGCCAUCUCAAACCCACUUUUUACGCUUGAACUGAACUGUGACGUGAGGUAAAUAUGACCCAGACUGCUGAAUCUGUGUUUAAAUCUGUGUUAAUGGGGCUUAAUUCUUUCUUUGUUUUGAUAUUCCUUAUUGUUUUGCUUUCGUUAACUAUUAUUAUUACUAUUAUUAUUACUACUGCAGUAAGAAGGAUACUUGUUUCUGUUUUAAAUGCCGUUUUACAGAUUUCCCCUAGUUUAGGUGGAUCAUUCAGUAUUACUUAGUCUGUGAAAGCGUAGUCUGUGAAUACACGCUAGGUCGACCACACAAUCAGAAGCCGGACAAACAAUAACUUUGUAUAAUAACUUUUUAAAAUGUAUCACCAGCUAGCAUGCCAACAAUAUGUAUGUUGAUAUUGUAAACAACUGUGAUCUCUGUUAAUAAAAUGGUCAUUUCAUCUGUAA